CUUCCCCCUGCACUUGUCAGAUGCAGAUGGGACUGGCAAAGUUUGUUUGAAUAAAAAAAAAAAAGCCAAAAAAAAGAAAAAAAAAAAGAAGAAAAAAAAAAGGGGAAGAGCAGGAGGAGGGGGAGGGAAAAAAAAAAAAAAAAAGAUCCUAGAAAUCCAAAAAGGCUCAUCUGGGAAGGAGAGAGAGGAGAGCGAGAGGAAGCGGGAUGCAACUCAACCUGACGCUGAUCUGCUUCGUCUUCGGGGGGUUCCUGCCCGACGCCGCGGCCCGGCGGGAGCAGAUGGACACGGGGCAGUGCGACCUGCCCCGCUCGCAAGGAGAGCUCAACUCCUUCCUCUGGACCAUCCGCCGUGACCCCCCCGCCUAUCUCUUCGGCACCAUUCACGUGCCCUACACGCGCGUGUGGGACUUCAUCCCUGACAACUCCAAGGCCGCUUUCCACGCCAGCUCCAGCGUCUACUUUGAGCUGGACCUCACCGACCCCUACACCAUCUCGGGGCUGGCCAGCUGCCAGAUGCUGCCCCAUGGGGAGAACCUGCAGGACGUGCUGCCCCGGGAGCUGUACCGCCGCCUCAAACGCCACCUGGACUACAUCAAGCUGAUGCUGCCCCACUGGAUGACCCCGGACCAGCGGGGCAAAGGGCUCUAUGCUGACUACCUCUUCAACGCCAUCGCCGGCAACUGGGAGCGCAAGAGGCCUGUCUGGGUGAUGCUCAUGGUGAACUCCUUGACGGAGACGGACAUCCGCUCCCGAGGGGUACCGGUGCUCGAUCUCUACCUUGCCCAGGAGGCCGAGAGGAUGAAGAAGACAACGGGAGCGGUGGAGAGGGUGGAAGAGCAGUGUCACCCGCUGAAUGGGCUCAACUUCUCCCAGGUGCUGUUCGCUCUAAACCAAACUCUGCUGCAACAUGAAAGCCUCCGAGCAGGUAGUUUGCAGGCCCCAUAUACCACCGAAGAUCUCAUCAAGCAUUAUAACUGUGGAGACCUGAAUGCUGUCAUAUUCAACCAUGACACUUCUCAGGUACCUAACUUCAUCAAUACAACACUCCCACCACAUGAGCAGGUGACUGCUCAGGAGAUAGACAGCUACUUCAGACAGGAGCUCAUCUACAAGAGGAAUGAGAGGAUGGGGAAGAGAGUGAUGGCGCUUUUAAGGGAGAAUACAGAUAAGAGCUUCUUCUUUGCCUUUGGAGCAGGUCACUUCCUCGGUAACAACACUGUGAUUGAUGUACUGAGACAAGCAGGAUUUGAAGUGGAGCACACCCCUCCUGGACAACCAAUUGGAAAUUCCAGGAUGACAAAGACAAGCCCAGCCUUGGAAGGGUCCUCAGCAACAGCCCUGCCCGCUGUCCAGCUAUCUGAGCAGGUCCCACUGACAUCUCCUUCCCUGAAGCCACUGCAGAUGGAUGAAGAAGACAGCCUGUCUCCUCACCUCCUGUUGCCAGAUAGCAUCAGUCAGCUGGAAGAGUUUGGCAGACAGAAGAAAUGGCACAAGAAGCAGCACAAACACCAUCGCCAGAGGCAGUUCAAUGACCUCUGGGUUCGGAUAGAAGACAGCACCACCACGUUGCCUUCCUAUAUCAGGAUAACCAAUGGCUACAUCACAGUCAAACCUCCCAUUUGGAUUUCAAACCAGCUGGAUCAGAGACCACGUUCAGAUCACCCAUCCCAGCCUCAGCCUACAAGCUCAGCUUCAGCCAGCCUUUUAUGGCCAUCAAUAACUUCUCUGCUCUGCGUGGCCAUAGCUUCUUUACUCCUGAAUCUACUGCAGCCUUCCUGACCACAUUAGUAUUACUUGCAAUCCCGUGGAAUAGAGAAGAGAGAUAAUUUAUGAACGAAUUGGAGGUUAAGACAACAGUUACAAUCUGGACCUUCUCAGUGACUCAGUAGUGCCUUCUAGCUGAUUUUGUCUCUUUGCCCAGAUACAUUUUGAAACUCUAAAGCUUUAUUGUAACACUGACUUACAUCUUCUUUUUGUAGAAGGAUCUUUAUUUCCCAUAGUGCUAUGGGGUUUUGUAAAAUACACAUGUUCAUAUAAAGAAAAAAAAACACAAAAAAGAAAAAGAAAAAAUGUAUUUAUUCGACUGGUAAACUUAUUUUUCUUGUUGUAUAUGUUAAUAACAUCCCUAUUAAUCAGUAGUGAUGGUGAAACAGAUAAAUUAAUAUUUUCUAUAUUUGUUUUCUGACAACUCUGCAAAUGUCUGAACUGACACCAGGUGAAUGCCGUCUUUCUUUCUUUAACCAUUACCUUUUACAGCAGCUGUUCAAUAAGUACAUUUCUGCUAAACUUCUUUAUUUUACUUUCUUUUAUCUCAUUAACAUAGUUUACACUGAGUAAAGAAGGUCCUGCUCUCUGUGGCCUAUGCCCAUUAGAAAAAUAGGUGCAUUCCUAACUCGUUAGCUGCUCCAACCUAAAAUACCAGUUGUUUUUAUAUGACUUCAUAAGUCAUUAGUCAAGAUAACCCUCUAAAUUCUGCUGUUAUCCUUAACUAAACUAUUUAACGUCUUUGGAAAUUACCAAUUUCCCUCUUUGCCCUGGGAUUAAUUCAUUAGCUAACACAAAUGAAGACACCUUUUUUCUUAAUAAAAAAUUGCUUUUGAAGUCUGUAAUAUUCCCACUGGAAUUAUGUUCUUCUCUCCCUCUUUUUAUAUAAACACAAACCUAGAACCUUUCCCAGCGUAAAUGAGGAUAGAACUUGGUCUGUCUGUAGGGUAUAAAGAUGUAGUGCCCUGUUUAUCUGUAGAACUUUGAACCACUUGUAUUAAUGCAGAUGGACAACCCAGAGGGCAAAAAAAAAAUCUAGAUUCCUCUUCAUCUUGCCGUUGUGAUGCUUAGAGUUGGUAUUUCCAUGCUGAAUUAUGACUUGUCCAAAAUCUGUUCAAGAGCACAGGAGUCCAAUGAGCCCUGUGUCUCUGUAUGGAGACACCUAGAACAUUCCUCCGUUUUGUAGCCUAUGGUACCUCUACUGACUUAGAUGGAAAAGUUACGACACCUUGUGCUCACUGAAAGCAGCUACUUUUCAUGAAUGUGAUGAAUAUGGGAAGAAACCCAUGUCCAUCUUAAAAACCAUUAUGCUGUUUAAUAAGGUUGAUUUUUUCUUUUCCCCCAACAAAGCCUUAUGAAAAAAUCCCUUUGGAUGCAACAGUUUCAACCAGAGAAGUAAUUUUGCUUGAAAUAGUGUUUUUCUUUCUAGGUCAUCUACAAACCAACAAUCCCAAAUAUGUGAUGAAAACAUCAGAGUUAAAAAAGACUCGAAAAACAGAAAAAUACAAGGCAACAUUUUCCUUACAAAAAAGCAGUGCUUUUUCACCUUGGAAAAAAAAAAAUCAGAUUAUAAUGGUUACAAUAAUACCGAUUAAAGGCUGACUGAAAACCAUCAUGUCAGUUUCCCACCAGCCCUACAGCCUGGGCUCCAGGAUUGCAGAUGGUUCCAUGCAAUCUUCAAGCCUGCAGUGAGACAUAGCUUAGGAGUCACAGUUUGUUUGUUGUCAUACCAGUUAAUUCAUGUAAGUAGGUUAAAAAAUAAUUAGACAAUAAAAAGCACAUAGUUUAUUCACAUCCAUGAUGAAAUACUGAGCUUUUCCAUCCUUCAUCCAAACUCACUGUCUUGCAAAGGCUGGGAGAAUACAGAUAACUUCUUUCUGACUUUCAUGACCUCCAGCCUUUGCUCUGCUUCUCACAGAAAGUUGUGCAGGUUUGUGGUCAAUCUAAGUGAAUACAGCAGACAGUGCUAUAAGCUACCCUUAUUUUAUUUCAAGCACAACCAUUGAUAAGGGUGAACGGAAAACUUUGAGCUUUGCCCCAAACGUGAGCUUCAAGCACACCCUGUGCAUACUUUUAUAUUGUGUAUUUUGGCUAGCAGAAGAGUAGAGAUGUUAGUUUUGGACAGAAGCCAUUCACCUUGCAUAAUAUUUAUUGCACAGGGCUGGAUAUUGGAAACAUAUUUUGAGAACUUUCAUUUUGGUUUUAUUUGAGCUAUUACCCUAGAAAUGCCUUCAUUUGAAUAUAAUGGCUUAACAGACCUUGAAAUUCAACAUUAAUGCAUUUAUAAAGGUGACUGGUUCUCCUGAUGUAUUCAAGACAGAGAUCAGUACUGAAUUAUAAUGUCUUAUUUGCAAAAAUUGAAAUGGAAAUAAGGUAGGCCAGUCUUAAGGGUGAUAAGUUACAUAGUAAAAGUGAACAGCCAACAAACCAAAACCCAUUGGAUUUUGUUUGUUGUAAUCUGAUCGAAUCCAGAAAUGAUUCUGUGGUACCAUCCCAGAAAUAAUUCCAGUUGUUGGAAAACUUUUACAAUGUAAAUAGAAAAGACCACAUAAAGAUAAGGGAGAGAAAAAAGAGCAGAAAACCACCAACAGCACCAAGACUAGAAAUUACAAUUCUGUCAUUUCCCAAACUGUGACUUUCUCCAUAAGCCUCUGGGGCUUUCUUAAUAUUAGGAGCACACAGAUAUCUCCACACUCACAGCUGUAGUUACACUGCACAGAAUAGUCACUGUUUGUCACCAAUGGGGCUUUUUCUCUGUGUCGCUCCUCGACUGGACAGUAAUACUCAAUAUUCAGUAGCUCAGCUACCAUGGUAUGUUUGGCUAUCACAGUAUGUAAAUAGCUUGGAUAUCAAAGUAUGUUUUAACUUAUAUACAUUUCCUGGCAUUUUGUCCAUAAUUCCAUGACAUGAAUGAAUGUGCUGGAGUGCACCAAGCUCCCUGAGUUUGUCAUACUGCAGUGCAGGUGUCAAAGCAAGGUGACUCCUGGCUUUUGGGGUGCACACACCUGACUUCUGUCACCUGAAAGCAUUUAGGUUACUUGGUCUUAUGAUGGUCUUCUUUGAAGGAGAAGACUUGCAAUAAAUACAAGCUUAAGUAGCUCCCCUUAGAUCCCAGCUCAGGAACCCCACGUGAAUGGGUUCAGCACAGCUCUCUAAGCAAACAUGUAUUCUGUUGUCUCUACCCUAAAGCACAACUUAGGGUAAAAUUUCUUUUUCAGUACAUGGCAUGUAAGCAUAGCAAUGCUGGAAAAUGAGACCCUCACUGUGAUUGAUAAAAUGGAUUAUUUAUUAAUCAGCUACAGCGGCCCUAUUAACUAAAAUACCCUAAUGCUGGUUAGCACAGAUCUCUGCACAUCCAUUGCUGUGGAUCAUGAUUAUAUUCACCAUGAGUUUAUAAAACGUGUGCAUCAGAUUUGAUAGAUGCUCUUGAAGUAACACUGACUACUGGCUUCUUGGGACUUCAGUUUUCUCUAUGGGUUCCUUGGAAAACGAGGAACCAACUGCUUCCUUUCUUCCAAAGGACAGCUCAGAUUCCAUGUAAUCACAAGAUUCCAGGAGCAGGAGAUUUAACAAAAUACACAUUUUAUAUAAAUAUAUAUAUAUAUGUAUAUAUAUAUGCCCAGUAUAUAUAAUGGUAAACAUCAGUGAUUGAUUGAUUGAUAGGAUUUACCUCUGAGAAGCACAAUCAAGAGACUCAUGCAAUGUCUAACAAUCAAGACAUGAUUUUGGAUGAGUCCAAAGCUGAAUGUUCAUAUGAUUCAUCUUUUUAACUCAGCUACAACUGACACCAAUACAAUUCACUUUAUAUGUAACUGUAACAUUAUAAACGAGUACUAAUUAUCUGCCAAGCUCUUGCCCUGAUGGAAUAAAUAUUCCAUACCACCAGCAACAGAUCUAACUUCCACUCUUCCGUUGUUUUAAUGCUUUUCUUGCUUAUGUUUAAGUACAGAUGCUAUAUUAACAUGCACUGCCACUUGGAGAACCAGUUAGUAAGCUGGGACAGAAGGUAUUUUAUAUUUUAUGACUGAUGUAGUUCCUCUGCAAUCCCUCGGGCUGUUGAAUAAUGCAAUACCUCUUCUGGCAAUAAAUGAUAACAUGAUUUAUGAUAACUAUGCUUUAUACAGGUGUCAAAAUCUGCUUUGUUGAACUUCCCUUCCCAUUCCUCCAAGAUCCAGUGUAAUUUAGGAACACCCAAGGUACAGAGCUGUAUAUUUAUUUAAGUUCUUCAAUAUACAAUUGUGGAGAGAGAGAUGGAAAGAGGGAGAACUUAAUCUGUGUUUAGUGCAUUGAUUAGUUGAAUGAUAUGACCCAGUCAUUACCAUAUACCACUGUUAGGGAGGAAUUUCCCAUCAUAUAUUUAUGUUAGAGAAACCAAAGUGCCAAAGUUAUUAUCUCAGCAUAAAUGUUAGCAUUCCAAACUUUGCUUAGUACCAUAUUCCUAUAUUAUAUCCAAAAAGUAUAUGGGCUUGUCAUAUCUCUGAAGUGAUCAAUGUCCCAUGGAGUGCUAGAGUUCAGCUUCGAUUUAAGCUUGUUUCAGCUUAACUGAAGCAGAAAGUUAAUUGCCUAAUUUUGAGAUCAUAGGGUGUAUGUAUGUGUGUGUGUGCUCAUGCACAUGCGUGCAUGUGUAUGUGCGCAUAAGCGUGUUGUAUGCAUGUGUUUUAUCCCACCCCAAAUGCACCCUUUCCUCUGACUGGCUUUUCAGGAGGCACCUUAAUCUAGCUAAAGGCAGAGAGGUCUUUCCAGUAAGUAGUCAAUACUGUUCUUCUAUAGGAAGGAUUAACCAUCCCGCAGGUUCGUGCUCACACUGAAUUUUAAAUGGCAUGUUUUGUCAGUUUUCCAUUCAAAUACAUUUCAGAUAUUUUGUCCCUGUUCUGCCUCCUGCUUUUGUGAACUGUUUUGAAGAGUGUAAUAAAAAGAUGCUUUCUAAUAUUAUUUUAUCAAAAUAUUUUUGUAGCAUAAUAUAUUAAUAAAAUGUUAUUAUAAAUCCAUAGCAAAAGAA